AUGGACAAGAAGUCGCUCUUGGUGGUCCAGGCUAACCUGCAGAGGAAAGACGCGGCCACCACAGAACUGAUAAUGGAGGGACAAAGUAGGAAGGUGGCGGUGGCGAUGGUACAGGAACCGUACGUGGGAAGAGAAGGGAAAAUGAAGAACUACGGAUGCACCAGAAUCUUCCAGUUCGUGGGUAAAGCAGAAAAGGUAGUCAAAGCUGCUAUCGUGUUGUUUGAUCCAAACACCGAUGCAACACUUUGCCCAGACCUCACCACUCCAAACAUCGUAGUGGUGAAAGCAAAAACCCACGAGCAGGACGUGCAUCUCGUAUCAUUUUACUUCGAGCCCACGCCCACGCCCAUCGAACCCUACCUAAACGAGAUCCGGAAGAUUUGGAAGUCGGUAGGCCCUAACGUCAUCUUUGCAGGUGACGCCAAUGCCAAGAGCGACCUCUGGGGGGGAAAGAUUACGGAUAGAAGGGGGGAAAGCUUAAUGGGAUUAAUCGCAGAAAUGGGGGCAUAUGUGUCGAAUGAAGGCGAAACGCCUACAUUCGACACAUAUAGAGGUGGUAAGAGCUACAGCAGCUUCGUCGACAUUACAUUCCACUCCGCCAACCUUUUAGGAUUGGUGAGGGAAUGGAGGGUCGAGGAGGCACUGACCAGCUCGGACCACAACGCCAUUCUGUUUGAGUUAAAAGAAACCAAAUUGAAAGGGGUAACGAUGGAAAGAACAACGAGGAUCUACAACACAGGGAAGGCGCACUGGACUAAUUUUCGUGAGAAAAUUGGCCAGCUGCUAGAAAGGGAAAAGAUGAGUGCAGAAAGCAUAGAGAAGAUAGUCAAGGAGAAUGAGUUGAACAGGGCGGUUGAGAAGUAUACAGAAAUGAUUAAGAAAGCAUGUGAAGAAAACAUACCAAAGCUAGGAAAGACUAAGAAACUUACCGUACCGUGGUGGACCCAGGAACUGGCAGAAAUGAAGAAACAGGUCAAAACUAAGAAAAGAAGAAUCAGGUGCGCAGCAGCAUCUCGAAGACCGAAAGUGGUAGAAGAAUACCUGAAAAUAAAAGAAGAAUACGAAGUUAAUAUAAAAGACGCAAAAUUAAGAAGUUGGAAAGAAUUUUGUAGUAAACAGGAUAGGGAAGGGAUGUGGGAAGGAAUAUAUAGAGUGAUCAAAAGGACAGAAGUUAGAAAAGAGGAUGUGCCUUUAAUAAAGGAAGGAAAAGUGCUGGGGAUGGAAGAGUCUGCAGAAUUAUUAACGAGAACCUUUUACCCUGAUGAUGACGAGGGCGAAGAUAAACAGGUGCACAAGGAAACAAGGGCAAAAGCGCGGUUGGUGAACGAGGGCCCCGGUGACGACCGUCCGGAGCCUCCGUUCACAGAACAUGAGCUGGGAAUGGUCCUGAGCACAUUUAACCCCAAAAAAGCACCUGGACGAGACGGACUGACCCUGGACAUCUGCAGGGAAGCAAUUAUGGCCGAACCGACACUUUUCCUCGCGCUCAUAAAUAGGUGCCUCACAAUAGGACACUUCCCCACCAUCUGGAAGGAGGCCACCGUGGUGAUACUUCGGAAGCCGGGUAGGACGGACUACACAACUCCGAAGGCGUACCGACCGAUUGGCCUGCUUCCAGUGAUGGGGAAGAUUGCGGAAAAACUCUUUGUGAGAAGAGCAAGCUGGCACAUCAUGCCAAAAUUGAGCGCGAGGCAGUACGGGUUCAUGCCGCAACGUAGCACCGAGGACGCCCUCUAUGACCUGUUGAGCCACAUAAAAAACUCUCUUCGCGAAAAGAAGAUCGCAGUAUUGGUCUCACUCGACAUAGAGGGCGCCUUCGACAGCGCAUGGUGGCCGGCCAUAAGGUGCAGACUGGCGGAGACGGGAUGCCCUAAAAAUUUGAGGAGGGUCUUCGAUGGUUACCUGAAAAAUAGGAAAGUGAAAUUGAGGUACGGGGGGAGCGAGAUAGAGAGGAAUUGUAUGAAAGGUUGCGUGCAAGGAUCCAUAGGGGGCCCAAUACUAUGGAACCUGUUGUUGGACCCCCUACUGCAAGGCCUUGAAAGAAAGGGAGUCUGCGCCCAGGCAUUCGCGGAUGACGUUGUCUUGGUCUUCGACGGCCACACUGCCCGGGAGAUCGAAGGGAAGGCCAACGCAGCCCUCGCCUAUGUUCGGGAGUGGGGCGUCAUGAACAAGCUGAAGUUCGCACCACACAAAACCAAAGCUGUGGUUGUGACUAAGAAGCUGAAGCAUGAUACCCCACGACUGAGCAUGGGCGGGGAGGGCAUUGAGGUGGUGAGAGAGGUGAGGCUUCUCGGACUAAUAAUAGACGAGAGCCUCACCUUCAACACCCACGUCAAAACCAUCUGUGCGAAGGCCCACCGGAUCUUCCACCAGCUGGCAAGAGCGGCAAAAAUUAGCUGGGGCCUCGACACGUCAAUCAUCAGGACCAUCUAUACUGCAGUCAUAGAACCCGUCCUGAUGUAUGCCGCGGGUGCAUGGGGGCAGGCUGUAAGUAAAAAGUGUGUAAGAGUUCAGUUUGACAGAAUUCAGAGAGUGUUUUUACAGAGGAUAUGUAAGGCGUACAGAACCGCAUCGCUACACUCAGUGCAAAUCCUCACAGGUAUUUUACCCAUUAACCUGAGGAUUGAGGAGGCGGCGGUCCUGUACAGGGUGAAAAGAGGUCUAAGUCCCCUCCCGUAUCUCGACGCGGACAUAGAGACAAGAGUUAGACCAAACGAACUCCCUCACCCUGCUGACGAGCCGCGUCUGACGUUUGACCAAUACAGCCUGGAACUGGGACUUGACGAACAGACAGACGCUACAAAUAUAUACACCGACGGUAGCAAGACUGAUGACGGGGUGGGUGCCGCAGUAGUGCUGCGAAGACUUGACAAAGAACUCAAGACUGUUAAAAUAAAACUGGCGACUUACUGUACUGUCUUUCAGGCCGAAAUGGUGGCGCUGCACAAGGCGGUGCAACUGGCAACGAAAGUCGCCAGCCCAAGGGUGAACCUGUGCAGCGACUCCAGAUCGGCCUUGGAUGACAUAGUGAGCGGUCGCUCCCUCAGUCCCCUCGUUGUGCAAAUUAGAGAGACCCUUGGGAGCCUCUCCAACCACAAGGAGGUGAGGCUCUACUGGAUUAAAGCACACGUGGGUCACGAGGGGAAUGAGAGAGCCGACCAGCUCGCUAAGGAGGCCGCACAUGACAAGAAGAGAAAACCCGACUAUGACAGAUGUCCAGUCUCAAAAAUAAAAAGACUUUUGAGAACCGACUCGAUUCGGCGGUGGGAGGAGGAAUAUGGAGGUGGAACAACGGCUUCCACCACCAGGUUCUUCCUUCCAACCGUCGCAUCUGCCCUUAAGGCAAUGAGAGAGGUGAGGCUGGACAGCGAACUAACACAGGCCCUAACGGGCCAUGGUGGGUUCGCCGCUUACCUCCACAGAUUUAAAUUAAAAGAUGACCCCACUUGCAUCUGUGGGGAGGGCGACGAAACUGUAUUGCACCUGUUAACUCGCUGUCCAGUUCACGCGCGAGACAGAGCUGAAAUAGAAAUGAGACUGGACAUAAACUUGACUGAAAAUAGUUUGUCGGAAAUAUUCUCCAGCAAUGAAGCGAGGCCAAAAUUAGUAAAAUAUAUAAAGAAAAUAGUACAGAAGGCAAACGCCAGAAAUAAAAUUCCAAAUGACAUCCCCCUAGAAAAACCGACAACCUUUUCGGACUUACUUCACCCAGCUGAACGUAUUUCAAUUCACACACUCACACCUGAUACAUACAAUCAAAUCAAUCACUCCGGGUUUCACCACAUUUACACAGACGGUAGCAAACACGAGAACGGCUCUACGGGCGCUUCUUAUGUGGUAUACCGCCCCCUUGAACGCACACACAAACACGUACACACUAAACUCGUCAAACUUCACCACACCAGCUCUGUAUUUCAAGCAGAGCUUGUCGCUAUCAAACACGCAUGCACAUAUAUACAAAACAAAAACAUCACCCACGCUAUUAUCCACACAGACUCACUUUCCUCAAUCUCUGCCCUCAAACAGAGCAACAAUACACACCCCAUCGUGACAGACAUACACAAAACACUUCACCAAAUCCAGUACACUCACACCCACAACAAUAUACUCUUCAGCUGGGUGAAGGGGCACUCGGGUGUAGAAGGGAAUGAAGCAGCAGAUAUAGCCGCUAAUAAGGCUGCAAACGCUCAUAAAGCACCAGACUUCAUUUCUUGCCCCAUAUCCUACAUCAAGAAAAAGAUCAAAAACGAAACAUCAUUAACUUCCCAAACCAGAUAUUCCAACGAAAAUAAAGGGUCCCACACUAAAAACAUAUUCCCUCUUCUCUCAGAUAUAGAUAACUUCUUUAAAGCCAUUCCCGUUUCGUUUCAAAUGACGCAAUUUCUAACAGCCCACUCUUAUGCAAAACAUUAUUUACACCGUUUUCACAUCUCCGACGACCCCUUCUGUCCUUGCGAUAAUAACUCCAAUCAAACCCUCGAUCAUCUCACAAGACACUGCCCUCGCUUCACCCUCGCACGACACGUCCACGAAGAGCUCUGCCGGUACGCGGACACCGAGCCUUACGAUAUACCCCAAAUAAUAAAAAAGCAUGAUACCUCUAAAUCAUUUGAAAAUUUCGUGAAACACAUCAUAAACAACUUAAAAAACUUUAAUCAAAAUACCCGCGAUAAUUAA